AUGGUGAUUCGAAAUCGGAAUCCGCACCGUAAUCGCCCGACACGACCUGUUAUGGCGCGGAACGGGCGCAACUACCAAAACGGCAACACAAGCUCAACUAGUCAUACAACAUCUUGGCUUUGGGUUUUCUUUGUCUGGGCGUUUAUGUCAGCGCUGGACAUUUUCCUAACCUUCAGGAUCGAAUACUUCUAUCCUGUUUUUCUAGCUAUUCAAGAAACUCAUUAUUUAUGGAAAACUUCUACGCUGUCAAGUCUUUUCUUCCUCGUCGUCAAUAUCUCUGCAGAUAUAACGAUAUUUUCAUUAUGGAAAAGCGACAAUUUAUUUAUUUUUGCAGGAUUCCUAGUCUGGCUCAAUGUGAUCUUUAGCGGGCUAGAAAUUAAAUCGCCGACGCUUUACACAGCCUUUGGUAGUAUAGUAAUCGUUCUGCUCGACUUUGCGCUAUAUUCGACAAAAUCGAAUCCAGAAAACGAAGGAUAUUAUUUCGCCGAGGGGUUAAAACCCGUCGCUGCGCAUUGUAUUGGCUAUCCUCUUGUUUCUAUAGGUUAUUGUAUGAAGCGAUAUAUGGCCUAUCUUCUAAGGCUAAGAAAGCAGAAUGAAGUCGAAGCAAAGAAUAAAUAUUAUUAUAAUCUUCUUUAUGAAGCAUUGCCGCCUUCUGCCUAUAAUCACUCUUCCGACAAAGUUUGGGAGAAAGACUUUCUCGAAUUGGAGCCCGACCGCGACGAUGGCGAAAGUUCAACAUCGAGCAAGUCGGAGCGAGACACGAAGCCGGACAAAGACAGCCCUGGCUGGUCGCAGCGAUUAAAAGACAUUUUCCAGGACUUGACGUGCUUCUCAAACUCCAGUCGAUCUCAUUUACUAACGGUAAAGGAGCCCGGGCGAAGUCAGUCAAACAGCGGCAAAAACUCUAGCGGAGGCUCGAAUCUGCGCGCGUAUCGUCUCUACCGAUGGCUGGAAUCAAUCGCGUGCUGGUUACCCUCAGAUAACUGCCAAAAAAGUGAAAAUACAAACAACUCUAAACAUAAUAACCACACCAAGAAGAAUCACCAUGAAACCGGCGAAAACGGCGAUGGCCAGUAUUCGCGCCACACGCCAACUAAAAAGGAAAAGAACAACCUAAAGAAUCAGAGUAACGGCGAGCACUUGUACACGCAAAUACAGAAACAGGAUUCUAUCAAAAACGACGAUUCGCAAAGCAACCAAAACAGUCGAGGUGACUCUGAUGCUGCCCAAGCCGAGUUGGGUCGAAUCAAGCGCGAGAACGAAAAACUCAAGAAAAACGAGAUCCAGCUAAAAGGCAAGAUCGACGACUUGACGCAGCACGAAGAGUUCACGAAAAACAAUUCGAGGACGUCAAGAAGCGAGACGAGAGCCUUCGCAAUCAGCUCAAGGUUGAGCGAGAGCGAACUGAGCUCCUUGAAUGACCGUGAAUCCGAGAACGAGCGCCUCCGACAUCAACUCAAGAAAAGCGAAAUGGAUCGUGAAAUGCUGAUUCAGGAUGCUAAAAAUCGAGAACAAGAACUGCAACAUUUGCGAUCCAAGCUUGCAGAAGGCGACCUCAAGAUCAACCAGCUCCACCGAAUGGUCGAGGAACGGCAACAGAGUGUCCGAAACAACCAGGAAAAGCUCCAGGCCGAGAGCCGGCUCAAGCUUCAACUGUUGGAACGAUUGAACACCCAGCAGCAAGAAAUAGAAGAUCUCCGUCACCGCUCUACUCUUUACCAGCGUCCAGUUAUUCACGACUUUCAGUAA